AUGUGGCAGUUGCGCGUAGACGGAGCGUCGAACCAGAAAGGAGCUGGAGCAGGCGUCGUCAUCAUCACCCCAGAUGGAACCCUGUUAGAGCAAGCUAUCACGCUUGGCUUCCCGGCUUCAAACAACGAGGCAGAGUACGAGGCGUUGCUCGCUGGCUUGCGCUUGGCAAAGGAGCUAUCAAUCAAAAAGCUGGCCAUCUACUCAGAUUCCCAGCUGAUCACAAGUCAAGCCUCAGGAGAAUACAUGGCGAAGCACCCAAGGAUGAUCUUGUACCUUGACAAAGUUCAAGAGUUGUUGAAGGCGUUUCCCACCUUCACCAUCCAGCAAGUUCCCAGAGCAGAGAACGCGCACGCAGAUGCACUAGCAAGCUUAGGAUCGGCGCUGGAUACCCAGUUCAGACGUUCCAUCCCGGUCGAGCACCUUGACCAGCCUAGCAUAGAGGAGGCAGAGCAGCCGGACCUGAUGCAGAUCGAUGAGGAUCCUAGCUGGCAAGACCCAAUUAUUGACUACCUAGUGAAUGAAAACCUGCCCAAGGACAAGUCCGAGGCCAGAAAAAUCAAGCAGAAGGCUGCAAGAUACUACAUGAAAGGCGACAUGCUUAUCCGCAGAUCAUACUACGGGCCUCAUCUCACUUGCAUCAAGUACCCACAAACGCUCGAGGUUCUCUGCAAGAUACACGACGGCGAAUGUGGAAAUCACGCUGGGGGCAGAUCGCUUGCUCAGAAGGCUCUCAGCAUAGGCUAUUUCUGGCCUACCAUGCGCCAAGACUCCACGGAGUAUGCUCGAAGAUGUGAUCGAUGCCAACGCUACAAGCCGGUCCCUGGCCUGCCCGCUGAGGAAUACCAUCCGCAGAACAGUCCAUGGCCAUUCAUGCAGUGGGCCAUUGACUUGGUGGGACCUAUGCCGACGGCACCUGCCAACAAAGAGAUGAUGAUCGUUGCCACUGAUUACUUCACCAAAUGGAUCGAGGCCGAGGCUUUAUCUUCUACCAAGGAGGCCGAUGUUGAACGGUUCAUCUGGAAGAACAUUAUUUGCAGAUUCGGUUGCCCGCAAUCGAUAGUCACCGACAAUGGUACACAGUUCGUGGGCAGGCAGAUCACCGCAUUCUUUGCGAAGUAUGGCAUCAAACAACACCUGUCAACACCCCGAUACCCGCAAGGCAAUGGCCAAGCAGAGGCAUCCAACAAGAUAGUGCUGGACUGCCUAAAGAAAAGACUGGAAGGCGCAGAAGGAAAAUGGGUCGACGAGCUGCCAGGAGUCCUAUGGGCUUAUCGCACGACCAAAAGGAGAUCGACCGGAGAGACACCAUUUUCCCUGGCCUAUGGGACAGAAGCAAUUAUUCCCCCACACAUCACAGUCCCUUCCAUGAGCAUUGAGGUGGGCAGCCUUGACCAAAACUGCAAGCAGAUGAAAGUCAACCUUGAUCUGCUUGAAGAAGAACGAGAAAAGGCUAUUGUUCGAGUUGCCGCCUACCAGCAGCAGUUGACGUCCUACUACAAUAAGAAGGCUAAGAUAAGACAGUUUCAGCCUGGAGACCUUGUGCUUAGAAAAACUUUCAUCACAGCACCAAGGCAAGGGUCAAAGAAAAUGAAGCCAAACUGGGAAGGCCCCUACGUGAUCAGCCGAUCUGGGGGCAGAGGAAGUUACACCCUUGAUACUCUAGAAGGAAAAGAAAUUCCAAGACAAUGGAAUGCCCACCACCUUCGAAGAUACUAUCCAUGA